CCUUCCUCGCGCUUUCCAUUCGCCUCCCAAACCCACAUUCCUAUACUUUCUUCCAAAACCCUUCUCUCUCUCUCAUUUCAGUACUUUUGUGAUUGUGGGAAAAUGGAAGCGCUUCGACUCCUCUGCAUUGCUCUUCUCCUCUGUUCUCUGACUGCUGUUCAUGCUAGAAUCCCCGGCGUUUACUCCGGCGGCGCCUGGCAGAGCGCCCACGCUACCUUUUACGGCGGCGCCGACGCUUCUGGCACAAUGGGCGGCGCGUGUGGUUACGGGAAUUUGUAUAGCCAGGGCUACGGAGUUAACAAUGCAGCACUGAGCACUGCGCUGUUCAACAAUGGGCUGAGCUGCGGAGCCUGCUUUGAGAUCAAGUGCACCAACGACAGAUCGUGCAGCCCGGGGAACCCUUCCAUCUUCAUCACCGCUACAAACUUCUGCCCGCCGAAUUUCGCCCUUCCCAACGACAAUGGCGGGUGGUGCAACCCCCCUCGCCCUCACUUCGACCUCGCAAUGCCCAUGUUCCUCAAGAUCGCCGCCUACCGUGCCGGGAUCGUCCCGGUUAAUUUCCGCCGGAUUCCAUGCAGAAAGCAAGGCGGGAUUAGGUUCACCGUUAACGGCUUCCGUUACUUUAACUUGGUGUUGGUGACCAACGUGGCGGGUGCGGGUGAUAUCCAGAAGGUCUUGGUUAAGGGAUCCAGAACCCCAUGGAUUACUCUGUCGCGGAACUGGGGGCAAAAUUGGCAAACCAGCUCCUUCCUUGUGGGCCAGUCCCUCUCCUUCAGGGUCCGAGCCAGCGACCAUCGCCAAGUCACCUCAUGGAACGUGGCGCCCGCCAAUUGGCAGUUCGGCCAAACCUUCCAGGGCAAGAAUUUCCGAGCCUAGUCACCACCCCCCCAAAAAAACCAAAAAUACUAAACUGACCCCUGAAGAAUUCCUCAUCUCAAAACUCCACACAAUAUUUUUGUUUGCCAUCAUGCAUUUAUAUAAGUUUACUCUCUGCCCCGGGAAAAAUUUGAAGUCUGGGAAAUUAGAUAAUAGGAUAGGAAAAGUAAUAUGCUUAUUACUUUUUUUUUUUUUUGGUUUUCAGUGUUUGCUUACUUUAAUUAAUUAGCCCAUGGGAUUGGGUUUGCUCUGUUUUAUGGUGUCUGUAAGUGGUCGCCGGCGAAAUGUUAAGAAAAGCCGGCGACGGCGAAAAAGUGUCGUAGUCGUGGAGGCUGAGGCGGCUGCAGGGAUAGCAAAAUAGUAAUGCAAUGUAGCCCGCAGCUCUCUUUACUGUUUACAGCAAUUAUUAUAUGUAAUGAAAUUAUUACAUACAUAUAUUAUACCACUCCGCUUUUGGUUGUUUUA